CGGUCGCAGCCCUAAUGGUCCGUUCCGCCUGCUCUAUUUAAUCCCCUGCUGCAGCCGCCGCGCUCGCUUCAGUCAAUAGUAGCUGCCGCUGCUGUCGUGCGUGGCCGUGGGCGCGGGCGGGCCGGAGCGGACCGGACGGUCGCUUCCCGCGGGGCUGAGCCUUGGAGGAUCCCCGCAGCCCUAGAGCCACCAUGCUGCCGCCGGCGCUGACCCUGCUGCUGCUUCUCGGCUGCCUGGCGGCGGGCAGCGGGACCCUCUCGCAGGACGGCACACCAGCUGUAAAGACAAUCCCUGCUGGCCUGGCAAGCAAAGCAACAGAGGAGCUUGCAGAAAUUUAUCAGGGAGCAAGCACAAGUGCAGCAGCAGUUGCUUCAGACACUGAGAGCCAGCCCACAACAUCUGAUGAGACGGUGGUGGCAGGUGGCACCGUGGUGCUGAAGUGCAAGGUGGAGGAUCCCGACGACUCCUCACUGCAGUGGUCCAACCCAGCCCAGCAGACGCUGUACUUUGGGGAGAAACGAGCACUCCGGGAUAACAGGAUCCAGCUGGUGAAGUCCACACCCAAAGAGCUGGCCAUCAGCAUCAGCAACGUGGUGCUGGCGGACGAGGGCGAGUACACCUGCUCCAUCUUCACCAUGCCUGUGCGGACGGCCAAGGCCCUCGUCACCGUGCUGGGAAUCCCCCAGAACCCUCAAAUCUUUGGCUACGAGCUGCCCAUCCGAGAGACAGAGAUGGCCCAGCUGACGUGUAGAUCCUCUGGGAGCAAGCCAGCUGCCCAGCUCCGCUGGAAGAAAGGCAACAAGGAGCUGCAGGGUGGGGCUCCCGAGGUGACGGAAGAUUCCAACGGGAAAACCUUCACUGUCACCAGCCGCAUUGAGUUCACCGUCACCAAAGAAGACAACGACGUGGAGGUGACCUGCACAGUGGAUCAUGAGUCCCUGCAGAACUCAGAGAGAUCCACCAGCCAGAAACUGCAAGUCUACUUUAAACCAACGGCAACGAUCGAGCCGGAUCCCCCCUACCCCCGGGAGGGCGAUGAGCUGCGGCUGCAGUGUGAAGCCCAGGGCAAUCCGAUCCCCCAGGAGUUCCUGUGGACGAAGGAGGGCAGCGAUGUCCCCCUGCAUCUAAACACCAACCGAGUCCUCACCCUCCCCUUCCUCAACAAGAGCGACAGCGGCACCUACAUCUGCAUGGCCACCAGCACCAUGGGCAGUGUCGAAGUGAGGUACAACCUGGACAUCAAUGAUGCCAGCCCGAUCUCUUCCUUCCCCUCUGGCACAUACCAUGCUAUGAUCGGUGGAGUGGUCGCAAUCAUCGUCUUUCUGCUGCUUAGCCUCCUCAUCGUCCUGGCACACUACCUAAUCAGGCACAAAGGUACCUACCUGACUCACGAGGCCAAGGGAUCAGACGAUGCCCCGGAUGCUGACACUGCCAUCAUCAAUGCGGAGGGAGGCCAGGCCAGCGGCGAUGACAAAAAGGAAUAUUUCAUCUAGGGGUGCAGAGUGGAGAGAAGAGAAAUGGAGCCAACAAACCCAGAUGGAAAUGGAAACCGGACCACAAACCCCACUCAACCCAACAGAUUUUCUCUCGUGCCCUGGAUGGAUGGACGAACAGAGGGAUGGCGGGACAGAGACCAGAGAGUGACCGGCUUGAAUCAUGAUGCUUCUUCUCGAACUUGUAUAAAACGUUAUUACUAAAAACAUUGAAAGCCCCACCCCCGUUCGCUUGCUUGUACCUUCAUACCCGUGACCGACACUCGCACUAAACACACAGACGAACCAGUGAGUGAGUGACACUUUCCUUCUUUCCUUUGGCCCCUUUGCUUUGGUUUUGUGGAUGCUCUUUGCUUUGGUUCCUUGGGUUGGAAUGUCGGGUGAGGUCAAUGUCGCUCUUUCCGUUGCUUUCUCCAUUUUUGGUUCCUUUUACGUCCAAGGAUAAAAUCAGCCCUCAUGGUGGCUGCCUGCUGCCAUGGGCCUGGGCAGCCUGGGAUGCCCUUUCUGUUGCUUAUGUUUCCCAUCCAAGAACUGGGGCCACAAAUCCAUUGUGUUCCCCCAUCCUUGGCGCCUGCAUGGUACUCUGAGCCAGACCCACGGGCAUGAACCUGGGCUGAGCAUGGGAGGCGGUGACAUGGGGUCUUUCUCUGUCCCACAGCAGCAAACAAGCCAUGAGAGCCCAGGGGAAUGUCCAGUGAGAGCAAGGAGACAGGGGAGCCACCCAGGCCGGCUCCUCUCCAGAGGGAUGUGCCCUCCCCACAGCAAGUUGGGGAGGGAGGCAGUCUCACUGCCUCAGAGAGCCUGGCACACCCAGCCUGCUGGGGCCCUGCACUGAUUUUAUCCUUGGAGGUUGUGUCUGACAAUGUUCAUUUUGGAGGAGAACUGUCCUGUGUGAUACAUGUACAAAGGGGAGCCAGCUGCCCGGGUGGGAGUCGCUCAUAGGCUCCAGUCCCCACUAAUGCCCAUGGAGAGAGAUUCAAGUGCUGCAAGGUGACUGGCAGUGCUCGUGCAUGGUUCCAAGAAAGGCUGUAAAGUGUCAGAUUGGAGCCAUGACAAUAACUCAUCUGUUGAGAUGCUCAGUGCAAGGAAACCAUCCUUGUGUAUCUUCCCUGUGCCAGGGAGUGAUAGGCAGAGCGAGGCCCUGGCGAGCCAGGUGACAGGGGUGAGAGUGUCCUGGGCCUCCAUGCUGCUGUCAUGCCUUUCCUGCUCUCUGACCGGUCGACCUGCCCCAGCGCCAAGGCCCAGGGAGUAUUUGGAGAUAGAAACCUUGCUAUGAUCACAGGUGACUUGGCCAAGGGGCAUCUUUCUUCUAGGUCACAAAUAGCUGAGCAGCCUCAUUCCCACAAACCAACCACCCAGAAUCUGAACCAUUACAGAACCUGAGCAGUUGCACCAGACAGGGCGAUGGCAACUCCAGCUAGGGCCAGGGGAGGGAAUGAGCUUCGUGGCAGACUAGCCAGGAUCCAGCUCAGCAGCCUGGGAAGUGUGCUCAGGGGCUGAGCGGCACGUGCUCGGGGACAGAGCGAAGUUUGCUCAUCGGACCUCUCAGCUUUGGGAACAGUAAAUUCAGCCAGGGAGCUCCCUCCCCAGGCAAGAGCCUGUGAGCAGCGUCUCAAGCCGCAGGGCUGUUACCUGUUGCCCACUCUCCAGAGUCAUAGCCCUGCUCCCUCUGGAGCCCACAUGGCCCUCACCUGCUGUCUCCCCCUUCAAAGAGCACACACCAUUCCCCACUGAAGAGCCCCAAGCUAGCCCUUAGGAUGGGCGCAGCUAGACAGCCUGGGAAGUGGGUGAGGGGCUCAGCUAGAGCAGACAGACUAUGGGCUGGGGAGACUCAGCUAUUACAGCCAUGCUGGGGGUUCCUCUGAUUCCCAUCUGGGGUGUCCACUGUUAUCAAUGCCCAGGAUUUUAUCAAAAGUCUCCUGAGAUCUGGUGUUUUUUCUCAAAGACCCAACUCCUGGAGUCAUGUGAAUAUCUGAGCCUCUCAGCCUUCAUUUUUAAAAAGUACAUUUCUAGCCCUGCUGGUUGGAGAGAAAAGUUGGAAAACAUGACAGGAAUGUGGCCUAAAGGCUGCAAUAUGAGUAGGCGAA